UCGCUUAUGUUUAUCGCAAACCGAAUGAAUUUUAUGAAGUGUUUUGCUGAUAUUGUACAGUGAUACAUGCAGCAAGUUCAUAGCGAUAACAUCGAGUUGAACGGUUUGGCAUAUAAAUUAGGUGUCGUCACACAAAGCUCGCAUCGAUUUGACAAUUGAAAAAUUAUCAAAAACAAAAACAAAAACAAAAACAGCCAACAAAUACGAACGCAUCGGCUCGGUGGCUCUAAAAAUAAAAUAUUCCAUAAAUUAGUACGUAUUGAUGAUUCGCAUGAAAUUUACGUCAAAAUUUGGUUGCGUUAAACUCGUAGAUUUUCCGUUUAACUUUAGAACGUUCUGACAAACAAAGCAGGGAAAAAAAUAAUCUUUGCUUUUCAAAGGAUUGAACAUUAUUAAUUGUCGCAUUAUCUUUUUGUCUUAUCAUUAAUCCCCAUACUAGAACGUACAAAAUUAUGAUUUUGGAACUUGCUCGCACAUCGUUCAACAGUCUGUUGAAAGUCACCACACGAACAACAUCGGCCGCAAUCGCUUCGAGUCAACAAAUCUAUAGAAACAUGUCUAGUCAAUCGAUUGAUGAGAAAUUCGAAUUGCCGAAACGGUAUCAGGGUCAAGCACCGAGCGUUUGGAAUGAGUACAUUCAAUUAUUCAUGAAAUAUCAGCCAAUGAAUUUGGGACAGGGCUUCACCGACUAUCCCGUACCACAGUAUAUUACAGAUGCUCUCACUGCCACCGCCAACAGUCCGAAUUGUUUGCUGAACCAAUAUACAAGAGGAUUUGGUCACCCUCGUCUCGUACACGCAUUGUCAUCGUUAUACUCGCAUUUGGUCGAUCGAAAAAUCGAUCCAUUUAGUGAAGUUCUUGUCACUAGUGGAGCUUACGAAGCACUCUAUGCGACCAUUCAAGGGCAUAUAGAGGAUGGCGAUGAAUGUAUUAUCAUUGAGCCAUUUUUCGACUGCUAUGAGCCCAUGGUGAAAACAGCUGGCGGUAUUCCACGCUUCAUUCCCCUUCGAUUGAAAGAAACUGGCAGUGAUGUCAUCAGCUCCGGUGAUUACGUUCUUGACGAUGCCGAGCUGGAAUCAUUGUUUAAUAAAAAGACAAAAAUGAUAAUUCUCAACACACCGAACAAUCCUUUGGGCAAGAUUUACAAUAGGAAGGAGUUGAUAAAAAUUGCCGAAUUAUGUAAGAAACAUAACGUUCUCUGUGUUUCGGAUGAGGUUUAUGAAUGGAUGGUCUUUGACGAUAAUCAGCAUGUCCGUAUCUGUACUCUUCCUGGCAUGUGGGAGCGAACAAUCACCAUUGGCUCAGCUGGAAAGACAUUCUCCGUCACUGGAUGGAAAAUUGGCUGGGCAUAUGGUCCAGCGAAUUUGAUGGUUAACUUGCGAAUUGUUCACCAGAACUGCGUUUAUACUUGUCCAACACCAACUCAGGAAGCAAUUGCAAUUGCAUUUGAGUCGGAGCUCAAGCGCUUAGAUUCACCGCAAUGCUACUUCAAUUCGUUGCCAGUUGAAUUGGAAGCAAAACGUGAUUUCAUGGCCAAAUUCUUGAGUGAUGUUGGAAUGAAACCGAUCAUUCCACAGGGUGGCUAUUUCAUGAUUGCCGACUGGUCGGCCUUGGAAAGCAAAGCUGACUUGAGCACUGAGUCAGAUGCACAGAAAGACUAUAGGAUGACAAAGUGGAUGAUAAAAAAUGUGGGUUUGCAAGGAAUUCCACCGUCCGUCUUCUACAAUGAAACGAACAAAUCCAUAAUGGAGACCUUUGUGCGCUAUUGUUUCUUCAAGAAAGAUGAAAAUUUGGAAAAAGCCGCCGAUAUUUUGAAGAAUUGGGUCAGCAAAUAGUGGGGCAAUUGUAUAAAUACACAGAUUGAUAUGUCUAUGAGCAAGAAUUUCUGUUCAUUUUUUUUUUAAAUCAAACAAUAAAAUGGUUUAUAUUGGUUCAUCAACA